UUGAAUAAAACAAGUUACUUCCCUUGAACACAAUGUUAAGGACAACUGUGAUAGUUUUCAUGUUAUUGAUGAUGAUUGUUAAAGUGGAGUCUGCCUGCAAUACUGAACUUAAGAAUGACCUCUUUCAAGAUCUUCUUAAUAUGAUGAUGAAGAUAAAAGGUUACAGUCCUGAAGUUUCUACGUGUUCUUGUCAGAAGAAUGUUAUUGCUUUCACAACUUCUGUGUCAGCUCCUAAAUCUAUUGGCCCUCUAGAAAUUGUUAAGUUUGACAAAGUUUGGACCAAUGCUGGGAAAGGAUAUGACACAAAUUCUGGAAUUUUUACUGCACCAAAGAAAGGGUAUUAUCAAAUAAGCGCAACAAUAAUGUCUAAUCAUGGAAAAUGGUUUCAUGCAUCUCUAUGGAAAAAUGACGAAAAAACUGUAGGGAUGUAUCCUGGACAAGGUCCUCAUACAAGUUCUGCCAGUAUUGUACUCAAAUUAAAGAAAGGAGACCGCGUGUUCGUUAAACAUCAUAAAAGCAGUCAAGAAAUCUACAGUGAUGAAAAUCAUUACAGCAUGUUUUCUGGCUUCCUUAUCUCUUAAUAAAGUAUCAAGUUUUA